GCACUUAUAGGCAACACUGAUGGGCACUGAUUGGCACUUAUGGGGCUGCAUUGAUAAUCAGGGCACUGAUGAUCAGUGCCCUGAGUAUCACAGGGGUGGACUGACAACUCAUGGGGCCCCCGGGCAAUAGGGGAUCAUGGGGCCCCUGUGUCCUUGCCCAAACUCAAAAAAGCCUAUGAAAAAGAUACCAGGGGCAUCUCAUGGGGCCCCCUACUGACCCCGGGCCCUCGGGCAGUGCCCGAGUUUCCAAAUGGUCAGUCCGCCCCUG